AUGGGUAAGACUAACAACCUAAGCUCAGCUGCCCCGAAUUUUGACAUGAAGUGUAAGAAGCGGGAAGACAAGCCCCAACCCAAGCCUCAGUCGAAGCCCAAGUCCAAGCCCGAAGACCACCCCAAGCCCAAAACCACUCCCCAAGAGCAGAAGUCCCACAAGCCCCUGCCCAAGCCUCAGUCGAAGCCCAAGUCCAAGCCCGAAGACCACCCCAAGCCCAAAACCACUCCCCAAGAGCAGAAGUCCCUCAAGUCCCAGCCCACGCCUCAGUCGAAGCCCAAGUCCAAACCCGAAGACCACCCCAAGCCCAAAACCACUCAACAAGAGCAGAAGUCCCACAAGCCCCAGCCCAAGCCUCAGUCGAAGCCCAAGUCCAAGCCCGAAGACCACCCCAAGCCCAAAACCACUCCCCAAGGGCAGAAGUCCCACAAGGCCCAGUCCAAGGUAGAUAAAUGCAACAAGGGGAGAAAUAGGGACAGUGAGUGUUCCAGCUCCAAGGGUGAAAAACGAUCCCAAAAAAAUCAGAAGUCCCAAAACAAAAAUAAGGACAAGAAAAAGCACUGA